AUGGUUCAAACCACAAACGAUGAUUUGCCGUGGCUAACGAAAUCAUGGAACCUGAAGGGGUGCGAUGCAGCUGCUGCUGUUUACGAACUCGUUGUCUGUGCAAUUGAAAUUCUUGAGACAAUGAACAAGAAGUUCGAAGGACUCGUUUCUGGAGCCCCCGGUUAUUUUAUUACGGAUUUUGCAAACUCGGGGGAUAGGCAGAUCGACUUGCUUGAGCUGGCCGCAUUUUUCGCUCAUCAGAUGAAGGAAACGGCGCGACUGCAAGUGUGGGAAGAAACACCUUCAACCGCUUAUUCUGAUUGCACUAACGUUGAGUGGCCAUGCGGAAAGAGUCGAUAUUAUCAUGGUCGAGGUCCCGUUCAAAUAAGUUGGAACUAUAAUUAUGGUCCAUUUUCGCAAUGGUUUUAUGGAGAUAAAAUGGUUCUUCUUGACGAUCCAGAUAAAAUCGAUCCGGAGGGUCCAAUGGGAUUCAUUGCAAAGUUUUGGUUCUGGAUGACUCCCCGAGAUUUCACAAGCGGAGCUCCAAUCGCUGGAAGUCUCCGAACACGCGAUGCGAUUGUUCAUUGGACUGAUGGGAAAAUGAACGAGAUGUAUCGAGAUGGAAAGGAUUAUGAUCGGGUUGCCGGAUUAGGAUUGUCCACAAAUGUCAUCAAUGGAGGGAUUGAGUGUCCGUCAGGAGUAAGUUAA